AUGCUGAAGCCCGUUCAAUAUGUGAAGCUUGCGCAAUCGCUGCCACCGCAGCUGCAGAGAUUUUUCGCCCGUUAUCCACCUCAAGCCAUUCUCCCGCAGGCCAACGCUGUCAACACAACUUCAGAUGCGGCGACAUCAGAGGCUGUUAGCAAGGCUACCUUGAAGACCGAGGAAACUUUGGAUCAACCUACACACCCAGCAAUUACAGAGGCAACAUCGCCGUUCAGGCCUCAUAAGCACCCGGUUACUGGGAAAUGGCAUGAUCCAGUGUUUUCUCUCAGACGACAGGCAGAUUUGUGCAAACUUGCAAGGCAACAUGGAGUAGAGGAACUUUUACCAAUCUCUGUGAAGAGUACGGAGGAGAAAUUACGCAAGAGGAUGGAGAAUGGACUGAGGGUAAAGGGUACUGGUGUUGGACAGAGAGUCAAGGGAAAGGAAUCCGAGAGAACAUUGAAGUCGAGAUUGGAGAAGAGAAGAAAGGCUAUGUUGGAGAUGCCACAGAUGAUACAGACAUGGAAAGAGAGAGGUCAUGGUCGUGGAUGGAAGAAGUGGCCAAAAUAGAUAUGAUAAUGAAGAUUAUUUGGCGCGAUGUCAGCCUCGUAGGAAGACUACUUGUUGUACAAACAUCGCAUUGGGAAUGACUGCAUGGGAAUGGGCGUUUCAAAAUAUUGUAGAAUUGUGCAAUUAUAUGCCCCCUCUUUCGCAAAUUGAAAAAGCACCUUUGGUGAAUCUUGGGUGAGAUUCAGGAAUUGUAUACCUACUUAUUACUCGAGUAGUUCAUGUGUUGAAGACUUGUGUGAAUUGAGGAUCUUGAGAUUUACUUCGAGAUGUAUCUCUUGAACCGCACUUGAUAAUUUAGCACGUGCAAUUUAAUCGAAUCGAUUUCCAAGAAUCCUACACCAUACUGCCUAUCGAGCGAAUGUAGCCGUCCUGUUGAAAACUCUAAGCUUUGAUACAAGCUGUAAACGCCAGCUUGAAGCCAACUCCAUGCGUGAUAGCGUUAGUGAAACACGUAUGGAAUGGUUCUUUCUUAAAUCAUUUGCCAUCCAACGUUUUGAUAGCAUGUAAACUCCACAAUGCCAGACCCAAAAAUUGAUGAGUGGCAAAAAAAGAUUCGCGGUGAUGUGGAUAUCUCUCAAGAUGAAUGAUAGCCGAAAUUCUAACUCAGGGGGCUUGUCUAACCAGCCAAAGAUAUGGAUUUUGUUUCGAGAGAUUCCAAAUGGCUCCUUUGAGUCUGUAACCGCAGAUCAGGCACGGGAGGGAUUUUGCACAUUUGCACAUUUGCACAUGCUUCUAUCAGCUCCCCUCGUCUACUUUCUCGUAGAGUAUUGCGACAGAAGAUGACCGAGGCUUGGGUAAAUUGGUGAGUGAUGGCACAAUUGGAUGCAUCCAAGUCCGGGGAGGUUUAGGUGGUUUACUAAGGAAGGAAACAAGACUUUCGGGAUAUGGUAUGAUGGUAUGAUUGGUAUGGCAUGGUGUAUGGCACGGUAUGGCGUGGGAUGGAUAAUUCGAUCUCUUCGACCCCCUCGACCCCCUCGACCCUUGUAGCGAUCAUUCGUUUUUAAGCCCCAACAAAAAAAAAUAGAAUCCAUGGGGCCUCAAAAUUGUUGGGGAAAUCUUUUCGGGUAAGUUGACGGAUUGGGUUUAGUCUCGAGCCCUUUUCUGCACGCUUGAGAAUGCUAAGAAUGCUAGGGAUGCCAUGCAUGAUAAUACAAGGGGAACUCUGUAUGAUGAUGAUGU